AUGCCUUCGUCGACGGCAAAUUCAUUGUCGACCACGUUCAAGGCACUGCAGCUGCCACUGGCGAUGCCCACCGGCACAGACUUUCAAAACUCGGCGGCCGAGUCCUUCCAGCAGCUCGUGCAGCAGUCGGCCUUCCCCAACUACCAACAGUACUACAACACAGCGCCAUCGAUGGACAACUCUGUGUGUGAGGUCACCUCAACCAUCUCGCCGUCCAACCUCAUCAACACCGUGCAUCACCAGCUCAUCAAUCAUCAUCUUCAGCAACAGCAGCAGCCCAUGUCGACACAACAACAGAUACAACAACAACAUAAUCAGGGUCAGAUGCAGCAACACAAUCAACUACAACAGCAUCAACAACAUCAACAACUACAGCAGCAUCAACAGCAACAGCAACAGCAACCAAUGUACUUCAAGGGCAACUUGAUAUAUCUCCCGCAAGGUCAACAGAACCAACAACAACAACCACAACAAUCGAUAUAUAACUUGGCACAACAGAUGGGCGGUGGCAUCACACCCAACAAUGCCAUGACGACCUCCACGACGACCACUCAGUCGACGACUCUCCCUAUUUAUAUUCCACAGCAUACAACAUCAACGUCAUCACCGCCUACGCUACAGACGGCAGGCGGACAACACCUCAUCAACCCACAAAACCAGCAACUUCAGCAAUCACCUUUUACCACCGAGCUCAUCAAUGGUUCGGCAGAAGAACAAGUCAACUACAUGGGUGUCCCCGUACUCAAGACAACACCAUUCCCUCUCACAACAUCUCUAUUGCCUCUGGCUACCAAUCAAUCACUGGUCCUAAUAGGAGACGUCGAUAUAUCAAUUGAACAACAGCCACCAUCGGAUGUGAGGACGCGAACACCAAACGAUCGAAGAACAUUCAAUUGCGUCAUUAGAGUGAUUGGAGACUAUGCAAAGAAUAAUGUCACAAUGGUGCUGGCGCAGCUGGCCUACGCCAACUCUCACACCGAGCGUCCCACACAGGACAUCCUCGGCGGUAACAAGCUGGUGCCAGUUGGCAAGGAUGGCAAGGUCGUUUUCGAUAGCCUAUCUAUGACAGAGGCAUCAACUAAGCAUCAGGAGAACGAGUUCUGUCUCGAGUACAUCCUCCUCACUGACGACAACAAGCGUUUCAUCUUGCCUAGCGGCAUGCCCUUUAUCAAGCGAUCCCGACCAUUCUAUGCAUACUCCAACCAAAAGGUUUUGUCAAGAAGAAGAAAUGUUACACUGCGAACACUUAGCCUAACAAAAGGCUCAACGAUUGGAGGGGAGCAGAUGCAUGUUGUUGGGUCUCCAUUCAUACGAUGCAAUUCGCUAAGAUGUAUCUUCCACACGCCACACGGUGAUAUUCCCGCCAACAACAUAGAGUUGUACAGCGAGUCAGUAUUAUUCUUCACACUGCCGCCCUACCCGUCGCCACCCAACUUUAGUCCACCGGACGGCACCGAGUUGCCCGUACAAGUUGUAAUCACCAACGAUGGCAGGAACUACAGCAAUCCACUGCCAUUCACUUAUAUAUUUGAAAGUAGUGGUACCAAGCGAUUGCGUUCAAGGUUCUAG